AUGAAGGUGGGUAGUAUAACUCAGUUUCUACCCACCUUCCACACGGAGGUGGGUAGUAUAACUCAGUUUCUACCCACCUUCCACACGGAGGUGGGUAGUAUAACUCAGUUACUACUCACCUUCCACACGGAGGUGGGUAGUAUAACUCAGUUACCACCCACCUUCCACACGGAGGUGGGUAGUAUAACUCAGUUACUACUCACCUUCCACACGGAGGUGGGUAGUAUAACUCAGUUACCACCCACCUUCCACACGGAGGUGGGUAGUAUAACUCAGUUACUACUCACCUUCCACACGGAGGUGGGUAGUAUAACUCAGUUACCACCCACCUUCCACACGGAGGUGGGUAGUAUAACUCAGUUUCUACCCACCUUCCACACGGAGGUGGGUACUAUAACUCAGUUUCCACCCAACUUCCACACGGAGGUGGGUAGUAUAACUCAGUUUCUACCCACCUUCCACACGGAGGUGGGUACUAUAACUCAGUUUCCACCCAACUUCCACACGGAGGUGGGUAGUAUAACUCAGUUUCUACCCACCUUCCACACGGAGGUGGGUACUAUAACUCAGUUUCCACCCAACUUCCACACGGAGGUGGGUAGUAUAACUCAGUUUCUACCCACCUUCCACACGGAGGUGGGUAGUAUAACUCGGUUACUACUCACCUUCCACACGGAGGUGGGUAGUAUAACUCAGUUUCUACCCACCUUCCACACGGAGGUGGGUAGUAUAACUCAGUUUCUACCCACCUUCCACACGGAGGUGGGUAGUAUAACUCAGUUUCUACCCACCUUCCACACGGAGGUGGGUAGUAUAACUCAGUUACUACUCACCUUCCACACGGAGGUGGGUAGUAUAACUCAGUUACCACCCACCUUCCACACGGAGGUGGGUAGUAUAACUCAGUUACUACCCACCUUCCACACGGAGGUGGGUAGUAUAACUCGGUUUCUACCCACCUUCCACACGCAGGUGGGUAGUAUAACUCAGUUACUACCCACCUUCCUCACGGAGGUGGGUAGUAUAACUCAGUUACAACCCACCUUCCACACGGAGGUGGGUAGUAUAACUCAGUUUCUACCCACCUUCCACACGGAGGUGGGUAGUAUAACUCAGUUUCUACCCACCUUCCACACGGAGGUGGGUAGUAUAACUCAGUUUCUACCCACCUUCCACACGGAGGUGGGUAGUAUAACUCAGUUUCUACCCACCUUCCACACGGAGGUGGGUAGUAUAACUCAGUUUGUACCCACCUUCCACACGGAGGUGGGUAGUAUAACUCAGUUUCUACCCACCUUCCACACGGAGGUGGGUAGUAUAACUCAGUUUCUACCCACCUUCCACACGGAGGUGGGUAGUAUAACUCAGUUUCUACCCACCUUCUACACAGAGGUGGGUAGUAAAACUCAGUUUCUACCCACCUUCCACACGGAGGUGGGUAGUAUAGCUCAAUUUCUACCCACCUUCCACACGGAGGUGGGUAGUAUAACUCAGUUACUACCCACCUUCCACACGGAGGUGGGUAGUAUAACUCAGUUUCUGCCCACCUUCCGCACGGAGGUGGGUAGUAUAACUCAGUUACUACCCACCUUCCACACGGAGGUGGGUAGUAUAACUCAGUUUCUACCCACCUUCCACACGGAGGUGGGUAGUAUAACUCAGUUACUACCCACCUUCCACACGGAGGUGGGUGUUAUAACUCAGUUUCUACCCACCUUCCACACGGAGGUGGGUAGUAUAACUCAGUUUCUACCCACCUUCCACACGGAGGUGGGUAGUAUAACUCAGUUUCUACCCACCUUCCACACGGAGGUGGGUAGUAUAACUCAGUUUCUACCCAACUUCCACACGGAGGUGGGUAGUAUAACUCAGUUUCUACCCACCUUCCACACGGAGGUGGGUAGUAUAACUCAGUUUCUACCCACCUUCCACACGGAGGUGGGUAGUAUAACUCAGUUUCUACCCAACUUCCACACGGAGGUGGGUAGUAUAACUCAGUUUCUACCCACCUUCCACACGGAGGUGGGUAGUAUAACUCAGUUACUACUCACCCUCCACACGGAGGUGGGUAGUAUAACUCAGUUACCACCAACCUUCCACACGGAGGUGGGUAGUAUAACUCAGUUACUACCCACCUUCCACACGGAGGUGGGUAGUAUAACUCAGUUACUACCCACCUUCCACACGGAGGUGGGUAGUAUAACUCAGUUUCUACCCACCUUCCACACGGAAGUGGGUAGCAUAACUCAGUUUCUACCCACCUUCCACACGGAGGUGGGUAGUAUAACUCAGUUUCUACCCACCUUCCACACGGAGGUGGGUACUAUAACUCAGUUUCUACCCACCUUCCACACGGAGGUGGGUAGUAUAACUCAGUUUCUACCCACCUUCCACACGGAGGUGGGUACUAUAACUCAGUUUCCACCCAACUUCCACACGGAGGUGGGUAGUAUAACUCAGUUUCUACCCACCUGCUACACGGAGGUGGGUAGUAUAACUUAG